AGUUCAUGAAUCACUGCAAGUGCAGCAGUUAUCAACAGUGAUCAUGACGACUGAAUUCCUUGCUGAAAACAAUGUCUGCGGACAGACAAUUUUGCAAAUUGUUGCUGAAGGAAAUACGAUCAUUUGUGAGCUGCUACGCUUAAAAGACUACGUUCCGGAAUUGUUUUACUUGAAAACGAAGGACGAGCAACAAAAAUAUGCUGAAAUUAUUAAAGACUUCAGCUACUUCCAAAUCGCUGAUGCACAGGAGGCGAAGAUCGAGGCAGACGAAAAGCUUCGCACGAUCGACGAAGAAUUGCGAGAAACCUGUAUUGUAACACUGAACCGAUUCUACAUUGUAUUUGAAAGCAUUCAUAAAUACGUGAAGGACUUGAACACGUUCAUCGAAGAAUUAAAUGCCGGUUUGUUCAUCCAACAGUCGAUGGAAAAGGUGUUUCAGGAUGAAGAGGGAAAACAGCUUAUGUGUGAAGCACUAUACCUGUACGGUAUGAUGUUGCUGGUGGCUGAUCUGCAUAUACCCGGCGUCGUUAGGGAACGUAUUCUAGUUUCUUACAAUCGGUACAGUGCCCUAAAAACGCACAGCGACAGCAGCAUCGAUGAAGUGUGCAAACUACUCCGCUCUACGGGUUUUAAUGAUACAGUUGGUGGGGGUAGCGGGCGUAAAUCCGCCAGUUACCCCGAGGACUAUUUCGCUCGUGUACCGAUCAAUCAACUUUACAUAGAAAUGGUGAUCGGAAGAUUGCGCUCCGAUGAUGUGUACAAUCAGAUCACCGUCUACCCGUUACCAGAGCAACGGUCAACUGCACUUGCCAAUCAAGCUGGUAUGUUGUACGUGUGUCUAUUUUUUUCUCCGAAGACACUACACACUCAGCCAGCACGGAUGCGUGAAAUUGUUGAUAAAUUUUUCUCCGAUAACUGGAUCGUGUCUCUGUACAUGGGAAUAACGGUGAAUUUGAUAAACGCAUGGGAACCAUUCAAGGCAGCAAAGACGGCACUCACGAACACGCUGGACAAUGCCAAUUUGAAGGAAAUAAGCCACCGACAGAAGCAAUCGAUGGAUCUUUUGCUAACCCGUAGCAGAAGUAUCCUGCGUGAAGGGAAUUUAACCGAGCAAAAACUCCUCGAUCACAUGCCUAAAGUGAUGGCACUCGUGCGCGAAUGCAACAUUACCGUGCGCUGGGUAAUGCUGCACACUAGCAGUACAUGUACGUUCGAUGUUGGGUCCUCUGCUUCCACCAAACGUUGCCGUCAAGUGCGAGAAUUGAUCGAGCAGGAAAUCGAUUUUAAAGGCGUGCUGUUUUUCGAGCUACUCCUGAACACCAGUCAGCUGGAGUUAAAAAUUCGCGAAAUGCUCAAGCGACUGCUGGAGGAAAAGGACGACCGGUGGGCAGCGUUCCGACGUGAAGCGACCGAUCGAAUGCAGGACCUGGCCGACGCAUUCUCGGGCGUGCGGCCGUUUGUGAAGACACGUAAAAACGACAGCCUGAGCAAAUGUUUCGCCAACAUUCGCAAGGAGAUCGAUGGGUUGAGCAAGGAGGAAAAGCACAUUAACCAAACGGGCCGUACGAUCAUUCAGCUGCUUCAGGCGCUGGAGGAGGUGCAGGAUUUUCACGGUCUCAGCAAAAACAUGCAAGUGAAACAACACAUUCUCGAGACACGCCAGUUUUUGCACGAAAUGUUUCACACAAUCAGCAUCAAAGAGAACGAUCUCAUUAACCUGCAGCUGAUCGGGGACUUUAGCUACGCGUGGCGGUUGAUCGAGUGCUACACACCGAUGAUGCAGGAAAAUAUACGCCGUCAACCGAGGUUAGUAAUUAAACUUCGGUCCACAUUCCUAAAGCUGGCGUCAGCACUAGAGAUACCGUUACUGCGCCUUAAUCAGGCCGAAUCAGAACACCUGAUCGAUGUGUCCAAGUACUACAGCAAUGAGCUGGCAAACUUUGUACGCAAGGUGGUACAAAUUAUCCCGGAAACGAUGUUCACCAUCCUCGCGGAGAUCGUCGACCUGCAGACCAAUGUACUCCGUGAGCUGCCGGCUCGAUUGGAGAAGGAAAAGAUGAAAGAGUACGCCCAAUUCGAAGAGCGCUUUCAGGUGGCCAAACUCACCUACACCCUGUCCACCUUCACCGAGGGCAUUCUAGCCAUGCAGACCACUCUCGUCGGUGUAGUGGAGCUAGACUCGAAGCGACUCCUCGAAGAUGGCAUCCGGCGCAAGCUGGUGCAGAACGUCUCGGAAGCAUUUCACCAGCAGGUGGUGUUCAAUGCCAAGGCGAAAGAACCAGAACUCUAUCCGCGCCUGGAGGCUCUGCAUAAGAUCAUCCGGGGGUAUCGCCGAUCGUUCGAGUACGUACAGGACUACCUUAACAUCCACUGCAUGCGCAUUUGGAACGAGGAGAUGCACCGCAUUGUGCAAUUCAACGUAGAAAAGGAAUGUCAACCGUUUUUAAAGAACAAACCGUUACAAGGCGGUCUGGGAAAUAAUAACGAAGCUGGUGAAGGUUUGGUCCCAAUACCGAUCUACGCUCCACUUGAUAUGACUUCGAUCAAUUUUAUGGGUAGGCUGGCCCGAGAGAUUUUGCGAAUUACAGACCCAAAGAUAACAGUGUACGUUGACAUUUGUUCUAGCUGGUACGAUUUCAAAACACACAAGCUUCUUAUGACGAACAAGUUUGCCAGUAAAAUUAACGACACUAUCGGUCCAGCCGGUCUGAUGGGUCUCGAUCGUCUGUACAGUGCAAUGAUCAAGUUCGAGCUCGAAACGUUCCUAUCGACGGUACAGAAAAAGGUCCACAAUGAGGGCAACUGGGGCGACGUACUGGGAGGCAUUAAAGCCGACCUAGAAAAGGGUGAUAUUGUGGAAAAUCCUACCAAAAGCUACAAUACCUUCGUCUCUUCCGUGGCGCGAUUCAUGAGCUCCACCGGUAUCGCCGAUUGGUUGCUGAAAAUUGGACAAAAGCAAAUAAUACGUAGCCAUAUAGCGUUAGAGUUGAACAGCAGUUGUAAGAUCAAGGCGACCAAGCUGGAAGCUUCCCUGAGAACGUUGAACAUAGCCAUUCUUUUGGACUUCAAGCGCCACAGGCUAGAUGAGAGUCACCCAAUUCCCUCGGCCCAGACCGUUUCCGAACUAAAUUCGUACCUACUUUACGCGGGAUUGUACGAUCCCUAUCAGAAGGUCUAUCUGAAACAGGAUUCGCCACGCUUUCUACCACUGGUGGUGUUUUUGUACGUGAUUGCGUUGUUGAGCAAGUUCCAAUACAUGGAGAACGUCGACAGCUUGGUGGCGAAAAAGAAGAAUGAAUCCGUCGACGGGCACCCGCUCACGGUUGCCCUUUUAACCCUAUUCCGACAAUUUGAUGGCACCGAAAUGGAUGUCUUUCUUCAGUAUAUCUGCCAAUACGUGCUGUCCUUUGUUCACGCUAAUCUAGAAGCAAAACAACCUGUUGGAAUGGAAGCCCUGUUUGGUUUACGUUUUCUUGAAAUCUUUACCCGGGUCGCAGAAAUUCCAAGAAGUUAUCUCGAGCAAUACCUUUCCAAAGUCAUACUGGACCAGUACGUGUUUUUAUCGGAUGUUAAAUGACGAAUGUUUUUCUUUAGAUCAUUCCAGUGAAUGUAGGCGUUAUGUUGUGUUUUAUAAAUGUUAUCGAAUGUAUUUUUGUGAUUCGAUGUUCCCAACAGAAGUUGCUGGGACAAACCUAUAUAAAAUUAGUAAUUAAGUUUCAAUGCCAUUUAGAAACCUAUCAC